UCGCAUUAUCUUAUUGGCUGUUACAGUCAGGGUCAAGUCUGGGCAAGAACUUGCUGCGCCUGCUCGAACCUUCAGGUCUUAUCCGCGACAUCAGUCUGUCGGUUUGUAGGAGCGUGGGUAUUUCUAACCGUUUUUAAGAACUUGACAAGAGUAAUCCAUUGAAAAAGACGUCAGGAACCGUAUAAUAUAUUCCUAAAAUUGGUGGCACGAGCGGUUUCUUAUACGUCUGCAAAACGCUGUGGUGACUGUCAGCAAAGAAUGACGAACGGUUCGAAGAGGAAAGAAGAAGUUCAUCUCGCCAAUGGGGGUGUAAAGCAGUCCACAUGGAGCAAAGUCUUUAACAGCACCGCUGUAUGGGAAGAUAAGGAUGAAUUUUUAGAUGUGAUCUACUGGAUUCGUCAGAUCAUCGCUAUCAUCCUUGGAGUGAUAUGGGGCGUUGCACCAUUUAAGGGAUUUCUAGGAAUAGCCAUAUUCUGUGUGAUCAACGCAGGGGUCCUGUAUGUGUACUUCAGCAGCUUUCAGCAGGUUGACGAGGAGGAGUAUGGAGGCACAUGGGAGCUCACCAAAGAAGGCUUCAUGACGUCCUUUGCGUUAUUCCUGGUGGUGUGGAUAAUAUUUUACACAGCACUACAUUAUGACUGAAGUCCUGAAGGAAAUCUGGUCUGUUGGAGACAAAUAUGAACAUUUCAGUUGAAGUAAAAGAAUGAAUUUCAGGACAUGAAGAGUGUACAAACUCCACGGUUUCUGGUGUGUUAUCACCCACAUCUAGGACCCUUCGAUAUGCAGUGCAUUACGGGAACCAUCGUUUUUGAAAUGAAUGAUCUUGUAAGAACAUCAUGUUAAGGUUACGGCCCUGUUUGACAGUUUUCUGGGUUCAUGUCAAUAGUCCUAACAUGGCUUCCUCUCCUUGUCUCCCUUCCUUGGUCUGCCUCUCCUUGUCUCCCUUCCUUGGUCUGCCUCUCCUUGUCUCCCUUCCUUGGUCUGCGCUGUCUGUCCUGUAAACUCAGGCCUGAUGAGGAAAUGUGGUAGAUGUGGGCGGCGUCACUGAAACUAGCUCUCACUUGUCCAGUUUUUUUCAUAUCAAUGCAGAUAAACUAGAUGAGACUAGAAGGGUUCUUUUUAGACUUGUCAUAACCAUUCAUGUGUUGCAUCCAUCCAUCUGUAUAUUCCCCACAGUUCACUGAUCUCACAAAUGCGUUGGUGAAAGCAUGUACGUGGCCAUAUUGCUUCCACCUACCCACUCAAGAUAGAUCAGUGCAGUCUUGGAGAGGUGGAAGGAAAAAUACAUUUCUGAAGUGUUGGAAUGGAGUGUCGUAUGUCCAACCUUAAAGCUAAAACGGUUCUGUGCACUGCCAUCAUUUGUUAUUGUUUUCAUUUUUUCUUUCCUUCAGAAAUGGCAUUGUCUAGCAGGCAGAUGGGGUUUUAAAUUAAAUUGUUUCUGUUUCUCAUAGCUUUCAGAUCAAGAAGUCUUACCUAAUGUUCUGGGAUUAAUUUAAUGUAUGUAAAUGCGCCAUUUUAUCACAAUCCACAUUGUAUUAAACUGAUUGGUUUGUACUUCUGUGUUAUAUCUUGUUUGAUGUAGCAUAUGUCAAAGUAUUUUAUAGUGUGUGAAUUAAAUAAUGAAUACAUUGUUUCUGCAAGCUGGCUGUCCUGACCCCUACCUGUUGUACCAGGUACAUGGUUAGCUUUUGACAGGAUUGUAUUUUCUGAUAGGAAUGUUUUGGGAAUCACAUUAAACAUGGGCUUACUUUAGCCUUCAUUUUUGAGGA